AUGGGCACGCGAGAAAGAGAAAACUGCAGCCAAUCAGAAAACCAGGAUCGGGGCGAUCUCAGCGAGGCUUCAACCAAUCACAAAUUAGGUGACCCCCGAACGAAUAGCAUUACAAGCGCCUGCACCGACCACAGCGUCUCAGCAGACAUCGACGAACGGGCUGUUGAGGCGGGGCACGGCAUUGAAUUUUUGGACGUUUGUGAACCACACAGAACCGCUCGGUCCACACCCACAGCGUCCUUACCUGAGGACCACAGCCACGAUGAUGUGGACGAUGAUGUGGACGGUGAUGAUGACGAUGAUGACGAUAACCUAGACGAUGAAUUUGACGAAAAUUUGGAUGAUUUUUACGAAGAAAUUGAC